GUUCUUCUUCCGCUCUCUAUCUGUUCUUCUUUAAUGCCUUGAAACCAUGGAACACUCGACCGCACGCGAUUUUAUCUUCCAUCUCAAUCAAGGCAACUACCAAGCCGCACUCGAUAUUGCCAAAGACCUCGGGCUGGAUACCGACGUCAUUUAUAAAACACAAUGGGCAAAGCGUCGUGCUCUAUCAGAGCAAGAACCUACAGCAGAUGAUGUCGACUUUCUCAACAAUGUACAACAAGAUCAUGCAUGGGUCGUCACACAAUGUCUAGAGACUGUCAUCAACGAUGCUCAACUCCAACAACGAAUUCUAGACAUUGGUCUCUCGCGUGUUAUCGUACCACGCACUACCACUACUACUACUACUGACGUCAAUUCAGACUCGCCCGAUGAAUCCGACACACUCUGGCUACGCGCACGUCUUUACCUCCUCCAGUAUUCCGAUCGUCUCAAAACGUUUAACGUGAUUUGGCCUACUCUACAACAGCAACAACCACAACCCAAUUUCGCAACAGCAUACAGUGAAUUCCGCGAUGGAAAUCUUGUUGCACUGGCGAUCGAAUAUGCUCAAACUGAAAAUGCUACUGCCUUGCGUGCACUUUUUGUCCACCAUGGUGCUGCCGUCUUGCCAUAUCGAUUUGCUAUCUUAGCAGCUAUUCCAGAAACAGCAGAGCCAAGCCGAUUUGAUUUGCCUCAACAAGGACAAGGGAAUACAGAGGAUGACGCGUGGAUUGUACAACAGCCAUGGCGAAAUGAGUUGGAUGUGGCAGAAACCAUGCGGGAUGUGAUUGAAGCGCUUUCUGCUGAACAUGCAGCCUAUAUCGCAUGGAUCGGACAGCAAGUGGAUCGGUGCGAAUACCCUGCUCCAGCAAGUACGGUUGCACAAUGGUAUGCAGAUCGCAGUUCAGCAGCAGACAGAAUUGGUUUGGCGAGUCAAGCAUUGGAGUGGAUCCGGUACGCACGACUCAUGGACGUGACGGGGCUCGACAGACAAGAAGCACAGCUCGAUUGGUUAUGCAAAUACGUCUACAGCGCUAAACAAGAUGACACGAUCGUGGAUCUCGAUACUUUUGAAAAGACAGUUACACCCUACGAAGUUGUAGAUACACUAUUGAAACACACGGGGGCUACACGGAUCGUCGACGACGUAAAGCAGCUCGUAUUACCAUGGCUUAGCGUAUGUCACGAUAUUGUUGCUCCAGACAACGACGAUGACGAAGAGGUUGAAAUGAUAUUGUAUCGAUGGCUGUUGGACACUGCUGAACAUGGUCACUUUGACUGGUGCUGUCUUGUGUUGGAGAAUUCCAAACCCACGUUGCCAGACGAAGAGCGCAUUAUAAAAAAGGACGAAGAUUUGGCCCGUUUGGCGCUUGCCAUGCUAUACACAACACCUGGAUCGAUCGACUGCCAGCUGCGAGCGUUUGAAAGUUUGCCCAUGUUCGACCUGUGGGAAGCGGGAGAUGAUCAGAGCGACAACGAAAAGCAUACGGAUAUGGCCACAUUGCUACCAUUGGCAGAAACACCAUUGGGAUUAUUCACAGUGUUGCAAGAAGUCGGACCCUACGGAUUGACACAAAUGAUGGAUGCGUUGCAUUUGCAUUUGCAAUACGCCGAAGUAUUGGCACGUUACCAUGCCAGUAUGCCUUUACGAUGGUACCUUGAAGACCAUGAUGUGGAUACCCAACGGCAGCUAUGCAUUCGCUUGGCCUCGCAAGCUGGAUCGGCCCAUCUCAAUGACGAUAAUGAAUGGCGCGAGUUGCUUGACGAAAUGAUGGGACUUCAAGGCGAGGACGGCAAAGGUGUAUUUGCAAAAUUGAGUCGGACGGAAAUAUUCGAGACCUUCUUUAGUACUAUACUGCACUGUGGACGUUUCAGGCUGGCUAAGGAUUUAAUGGUGGGUCCUAAACGAGAUAAAACUCUUGAUAUUGGUCGUGCAGAGCAAUUAGUGUUGGAUGCAGAAAAAGAGUUUUUCGACAACGCCACGACCGGCAGUAUGCAUGAUGGCAAUAUGAAAUUGGCCAUGGAAUGCUUGAAUAUUUUGCCACCGACCGACAUGGUCAACGAAGAAAAAGACCUCAUUGAAGCAACCCACACACUGAUAUCCGAAUACCACGUCAUGGAUCGACCCGGUAUAGAACUGAUGCCUAUCCAAGUACGCCAAUCCACCAACCGUAUUGACCUUAUAUCCAAACUCAUCAACACACGCCGUGGCAUCUACCGACAACCCAAACAAGUACUCGAUCUAAAACACAAACUCGGUUACCAAGACGAUCUGUUAGCAGAAGUACGUGUGCUAGCCAUGCUAGCGAGCGCCGCACUUGUGGAUGAGGAUUACGACAUGUCGUACAAGCUAUGCUGUGCCACCGUAGAAAAGGCACGAUCCGUUGAGACACACCCACACCGCACACGAUACCGUAUUGACGACAUCAACCAGGCUGCAUGGCAAGCAUGCUUCAAUCUGGGCAAGGUCGAGCUCUAUGAGGACGCUCGGAAACGAUUGGAUGUCUUGGCCAUGGCACUUGAACUGACACCUGCUGAAAAUGUGGGAAAAGUCCUUGCAGUUUGGCGAAAACUCGAUUGCCAAGUACCACCCUCCGAUCUGGAGUGGCUUGAAGAUGCCAAACAAGAUAUAGCAGCUGCAGCGGCAGGCGAAGAGGAUAAAGCUGGAGGAUGGCACAGUUUGCUUGAUAGCGCUCGACGCCAACAGUGGCGAUUGGGUGAUUUGCUUAAAGCUGGUCCAGAGGCUUCUUCUUCUUCUUCUUUUGAGGGCAAGAGGAAACGAGACCAGUUGCGGGAAAUGGUCGGCGGUUGGUUGUUCUAAUCUAUCAUCGUUUCAUACUCUGCAUGUACAUAAAAUCAAAAUAUAUUCCCUGUAAUUUUGCAGAUACUAUACUGUAUAAAUCCUCGUAUACUAAUGGAAGUGGU